AUGGGAGCCAUUGAUGUUAUAGUAGCUCUAUUGCUCAUUUCUGAUGUCAUCGUCGGAGGUUUUGCGGUCGCUGGCCCAAAAGUCAUCAUCGUCGGAGCCGGCAUGUCUGGGAUCUCUGCUGCGAAGACGCUAUCAGAUGCCGGCGUAAAGGAUAUAUUGAUCCUCGAGGCCACGGACCGCAUCGGUGGCCGUAUGCGCAAGGCUAGCUUCACAGGGUUGAACGUGGAGGUGGGAGCCAAUUGGGUACAAGGAGUGAGUGGCCUCGAGAUGAACCCCAUUUGGGAAAUGGCCAAUAAGCUCCACAUGAGAAAAUUCAUCUCAGACUUUCGCAACAUCUCCUCCAACACCUACAAAGAGAAUGGUGGGCUUUACCCAAGGUCCAAAGUCGACAAGGUUAUCGAGGAGGCAGACAAGGUCAAGAGCUUUGGGGAGAAGCUCUCCAAAUCCUUACCUCCCAGCGGUCAUGAGGACAUCUCCAUUUUGGCAUCUCAACGCUUGAAGGACCAGGUUCCCUCUACUGCGUUGGAAAUGCUAAUGGACUACUUCAACUGCGAUUACGAGUUCGCGGAGCCACCACGGGUGACGAGUCUACAGAAUACUAUUCCUUUGCCCACCUUUGCCAACUUCGGUAAGGAAGCCUACUUUGUGGCAGACCAACGAGGGUUUGAGAGUUUGGUGUAUGACUUGGCCGGCCAGUUCCUAAGGACGACCAAGAACAGCUCCAUUGUCGAUCCUCGUCUCCUCCUAGGAAAGGUAGUGAGAGAUAUAAGACACUCUACGAGUGGUGUAACUGUUACCACCGAGGAUGGAUCAUUUUACAAUGCAGAUUAUGUAAUCGUUUCAGUCAGUAUUGGUGUUCUUCAGAGCAAGCUCAUCAAGUUUAAGCCAGACCUGCCCCAAUGGAAGAACCUCGCGAUAUGCCAGUUCGGUAUGUCUGUGUUUACCAAGAUCUUUCUCAAGUUCCCUCAUAAGUUUUGGCCCGAUGGAGAAGGGACGGAACACUUUCUGUAUGCCAGUGAAAGGAGAGGAUACUAUCCAGUGUGGCAGCAUUUCGAGAAGCAAUACCCAGGAGCCAAUGUUCUAUUGGUCACAGUAACAGAUGAGGAAUCAAGGAGGAUAGAGCAGCAGCCAGACUCCCGAACAAAGGCAGAAGCCAUGGAGAUCUUAAGGAACAUGUUCGGCAAACACAUUCCUGAGGCCACAGAUAUCCUCGUUCCCAGAUGGUGGUCUGAUAGGUUCUUCAAGGGAUCCUUCUCCAACUGGCCACUUGGUGUCAACCGAUACGAGUAUGAUCAGAUCAGGGCACCAAUUGGAAGGGUUUAUUUCACUGGUGAGCACACAAGCCAGCAUUAUAAUGGUUACGUCCAUGGUGCAUAUCUUGCAGGGAUUGAUUGUGCCAAUAUGAUGAUCAAGUGUGUCAAGUACAAGACCUGCGAGUACAAAAUCAAGCCCAAGGAUUCACUACAACAAAACAUAUUCCUAUAUUUGCUCCUCACCUGUAUGUCCCUGUUGUUUGUAACUGUAGUAACAUAUAGCCCUAAGGUUAAAAACCUUGGAAAUAAGUCACAUCGUGAAAAGAAAUAA